AGUGCAAAAAUAAAUGAAAACGCACUGAAAGCAUCGUAUCUGGUCGCUCUCAGGGUUGCAAAAAGUAAGAAGCCCCAUACCAUUGCAGAGCAGCUUAUAUUGCCAGCAGCCAUAGAUAUGUGCAGAGCUAUGGUAAGCGAAGAAUGUGCCAACAAAUUAAAAACUAUUCCGUUGUCAGACAACACAAUCGGAAGACGAAUUGGGGAAAUGGCAAAUGAUGUCAAAGACCAGCUGAUGGCAAAACUUCAGACAGUUCUGUUUUCCCUUCAAAUCGACGAGACGACAGAUGUUACUAAUGAUGCGCAACUGUUAACAUUUGUGCGAUACGAGGACAGUGGCACUAUGUGCGAGGAAUUUCUUUUUUGCAAACCACUGCCCGGGCGAACUACCGGUGUAGAAAUAUUUAAAGCACUGGACGAUUUUUUCACGGAGCACAAUAUCUCGUGGCAGAGGUGCGUUGCAUUAUGCAGCGAUGGGGCCCGAGCCAUGAGUGGCAGCAAGACUGGACUGUUUGCGCAUGUAAGGAGGGUGGCUCCGGGGGUAAUUUGGACACACUGCCUGAUUCAUAGAGAGGCUCUCGCCUCCAAAGAUCUCAGUGUUGAGCUCAGUGGUGUGUUUGAUGUCGUUGUCAAGACGGUCAACUUCAUAAAACGAAACGCAUUGAAUACACGCCUGUUUUCAUCCCUAUGCCAUGACUUGGGAAGUGAACACAGCUCUCUCCUUUAUCAUUCAGAGGUGCGUUGGCUGUCUCGCGGCGCUGUGCUCGCCCGUGUGUUUGAACUACGCGGAGCUAUCUACGAGUUCUUGUGCGAGAAGCAUUCUGAUCUGGCUUCCAAUUUCAACGAUAGUUACUGGUUAACUAAGCUGGCGUACCUCACAUAUGUUUUUGCAGAGCUGAACAAGUUGAACAGCUCCAUGCAAGGGAGAGAUGCAAACGUCAUGCAGCUCUACGAGAAGCUCGACGCAUUUGUGAAAAAAAUGUCAAAGUGGAUCGAACGAGUGGAGAGCAAUAACUUGGCGAUGUUUCCUUCAGUUGAGGAAUACCCUGACAGCACUGACAUCAACGACACUAUAUGUGAGCAUUUGAGGAAGCUUGUGCGUCAAUUCGCAAAGUACUUCACUGAUUCGGAAGAGUGGCGCCGUGACAGCAAGUGGAUCCUGCUCCCAUUCAGUGACGAUGCAUCAGUAGGGUCAAGUCUGACGGCUGUGGAAGAGGAUAAGCUGAUUGAGAUGUCCACAGACUCUGUCAGGAGGCAUAUGUACGACACACAGCCCCUUGUUAAAUUCUGGAUAAGUUGCCAGACAGAAUUUCCACAGCUUGCUGCAAAAGCAAUGAGGUGUCUUUUGCCCUUUCCAACCACAUACCUGUGUGAGAGUGGUUUUUCUACACUGGCGUACUUAAAGAAUAAGUACAGGGCUAGGCUUGAUCCAGAGAAUGACAUGAGACUGUCUCUGUCUACCAUUUCGCCACGAAUAGACAGGCUGUGUGGACUUCACCACGCCCAGAUAUCACACUGACAGCAGGUGAUUGGUGACAGGUCUGUCCUGGCUGGGUUAUAAAAGCCCUGACCAGCCAGCAGUUGAGGCUGCCUUGGUCUUCAUUUGUUGGAUUUUGGUUCUCCGGUGUUGUUGGAUUUUUGUUCUCCGUUGUUGUUUUGUCACACACCUAGACUGACUUUGCAUGACAUUUUUAGUUACUUUUCCCAAUACUGAAUUGCACAACACUUUAUUAUUCUUUAUUCUUUCUUUAAAAUAAUCUUUAAUUUAAUUUAAUUUAAUAAAUCUACUUUUAUUAUUAUAAAAUCUGCGUGGCCUCUCUUUCAUGUUUCAUGCAUUGAGCUAUGCAUGUAACACCAAAUACACACGCGCACGCGCAGGCACAUCAGUGGGCCGCGGAUUGCUUUCUAGUCCGAAUGGUGGUCCCUGGGACAAAACCAGUUGA